ACAGCGCUGCAGCAGUUCCGCUGAAUGUCCGCUUCUGAUACCGAGAAGGGAUUAGUGAGGAGCAGCCCGGGACGACAUCGGCUUCACAGUUUGUCGGCCACCGGGUUUCACACUUUGCCCCGAACAGAGGAUAGCCUUACUAUUCACAACACUUCGGAGAUUUAGGUAUGAACUGAGGAUGAAUGUAAACCAGCACACUCCAAUGGCCUCUCCAUACGGCCAGCCCCAGCCUGGCUACGGCCAGCCCGGCUACGCACCCCUGGAUGGGGGAUACCCUGCACCCUAUGCACCUUACAACGGCCCCGCUUCAGCCUACCAGCCUGGAGCUCCACAACAAGGUCCCACCAGGGGUCCUCCUGCCUCCGGAGCCCCUCCAGUCUCAGCACCUCAACCGUAUAAUCAGUACAGUCAAAGUCAAGGGGACAUGCAGAAUGGACCGCCGCUUAUGACACAGGCACCACCCAGGCCUGCGGUGUCUCAGCCAUACAGCCAUGGAGCUGUGAACCUGCCAGGGCCACCACUCUCCUUUCCCCAACACUACGGGCCUCCGCCUUCAAUGCAGCAGGUCACUAACCAGAUGACUGGGAUGCAGAUCGCCUCUGGACCGCCGACCCCUGCAGGGCCAGGAUACGCUCCACCUCACAGCUCCCAGCCACCUGUCAGUAACGCCUACUCAGCCGCACCUCCACCCUCUUACACCCACGCCCCUCCGCCUGUGUCCUCUGCCCCGACUCAGCCACCACCUCCCAGUGGCCCUGCACCUUCCCAGCAGUACUACGGAGGCCCGCCACCUCCUUCUCAACAGUCAUUCAACUCUUCUCUUCCCCCUACCUCUCAACAGCAGUUCACCUCUCCUGCACCGCCUCCUUCCUCUCAGCAAACCUUCCCCCCCACCUCCUACUCGGGUCCUGUGCCUCCACCCAGCCAAGCUCCCGCUCCCCAAGUCUCCCAACCACAGCAGCCCUUCCCGCCGGCCCAGCCCCCUUACUCCUCAGCGCCUCCACCUGUCAGUCAGCCUGCCUUUGUGUCUGGCCCACCUCCCCCUGCCCAGGGCUCCUUCCCACCCAGAGCACCCCCACCUUCCUCUCAGCCGGGGUCAUUUCCUCCUCCUGGUCCUCCUCCAACCUCACUUCCCUCUGGGCAGUACCUAGGCCCCAUGCCACCCCAGCAGCAGCCCCCUCCACCCCAGCCAUCCCCCUACCACUCAGGUCCCCCUCCUCCCAGCUCUCAGAUGCCUCCCACUUCCAUGGCCCAGAGCAAUCACCUGCCUCCAGGACCACAGGGCCCACCAGGCCCUCCUGGGCCCCUGCAGCAGCAUCCACCUCAGCCUGGCAUGCCGGGAGGUUUCCCUCCUCAGCAGAAUGGUGCGUUUGGGCAGGUGAGAGGCCCUCAGCCUGGAUAUGCAGGCCCGUAUCCUGGGCAACCAAACUACGGAGCCCCUGCACCAGCACCGGCUCCUGCUCCAUCUGCACAGAAAAGACUCGACCCGGACGCCAUUCCUAGCCCGAUCCAGGUAAUAGAGGAUGACAAGGCUAAGAGCACUGAGCCAUUCACCACAGGGAUCAGAGGUCAGGCCCCACCGCUGGUCACCACCAACUUCCAGGUCAAAGACCAAGGGAAUGCCAGUCCCAGGUUUGUCCGCUGUACGGCCUACAAUAUGCCUUGCACAGCCGAUAUGGCCAAGCAGUCUCAGGUGCCACUGGCCGCGGUCAUUAAGCCCCUCGCCACGCUGCCGCAAGAUGAGAGCCCUCCAUACCUGGUGGACCACGGCGAGGGCGGUCCAAUCCGCUGCAACCGCUGUAAGGCCUACAUGUGUCCGUACAUGCAGUUCAUAGAGGGAGGGCGCCGCUUCCAGUGUGGGUUUUGCAGCUGCGUCACAGAGGUGCCUCCACAUUACUUCCAGCAUCUGGACCACACUGGGAAGAGGGUGGACUGCUAUGACAGGCCGGAGCUUUCGCUGGGCAGCUACGAGUUCCUGGCCACUGUCGACUACUGCAAGAACAACAAGCUUCCUCAGCCGCCAGCCUUCAUCUUCCUAAUCGACGUGUCCUACAAUGCUGUGAAGAGCGGCAUGGUCAACAUCGUCUGUCAGGAACUCAAGACUCUGCUAGACUAUCUGCCCAGGGAGAACCCAGAGAUGGACUCCAUGGUCCGGGUGGGAUUCGUCACCUACAACAAGGUUUUGCACUUCUACAACGUCAAGGCGAGCCUGGCCCAGCCCCAGAUGUUGGUGGUGUCGGAUGUGUCAGACAUGUUUGUACCACUGCUGGACGGUUUCUUGGUCAACGUCAACGAGAGCCGGCUAGUUAUCGAGAGUUUGCUGGACCAGAUCCCAGAGAUGUUUGCCGACACCAGGGAGACAGAGACGGUCUUUGGACCCGUCAUCCAGGCAGGACUGGAGGCGCUCAAGGCUGCAGACUGUGCUGGGAAGCUGUUUGUGUUCCACACCUCUCUGCCCAUCGCAGAGGCGCCUGGAAAACUAAAGAACCGAGAAGACAAGAAGCUGAUUGGGACGGAUAAGGAGAAGUCUCUGUUUCAGCCCCAGGUGGGUUUCUACAACACCCUGGCUAAGGAGUGUGUAGCCCAGGGCUGUUGUGUGGAUCUCUUCCUCUUCCCCAACCAGUAUGUGGAUGUUGCCACGUUAGGGGUGGUGCCCGUCUCCACCGGAGGUUCUGUCUACAAAUACACCUACUUCCAGGCUCAGACAGACAAGGAGCGAUUCUUGAACGACCUCCGGCGAGACGUUCAGAAGCUAGUCGGGUUUGAUGCCGUCAUGAGGGUGCGAACCAGCACAGGUAUCCGAGCGACGGACUUCUUCGGCUCCUUCUUCAUGAGCAACACCACAGACGUGGAGCUCGCGGGUCUGGACUGUGACAAGGCCAUCACUGUCGAGUUCAAGCACGACGACAAGCUCAGCGAGGAGACGGGGGCACUCAUGCAGUGCGCCGUGCUGUACACCAGCUGCAGCGGCCAAAGGCGUCUCCGCGUCCACAACAUGGCGGUGAACUGCUGUUCUCAGCUGGCUGACCUGUACCGCAACUGCGAGACUGACACAAUCAUCAACUUCUUCUCUAAAUACGCUUUCCGUGGCAUCCUCAGCAACCCCACUAAGGCAGUGAGAGACACUCUGGUCAACCAGUGUGCUCAGAUUCUGGCCUGCUACCGGAAGAACUGUGCGAGCCCCUCGUCAGCUGGCCAGCUGAUCCUCCCAGAGUGCAUGAAGCUGCUACCGGUCUAUCUCAACUGCGUGCUGAAGAGCGACGUGCUGCUGCCGGGAGCCGACGUCUCAUUGGACGACCGGGCCUACCUGCGUCAGCUGAUCAGCUGCAUGGACGUCGCGGAGAGCCACGUCUUCUUCUACCCUCGCCUGCUGCCACUGACGAAGUUGGAAAGCGGCUCGUUGCCGGUGGCUGUGAGGGACUCAGAGGAGAGGCUGUCUAAAGGCGGUGUUUACAUCCUGGAGACAGGACUCCACCUCUUCCUGUGGGUGGGAGCCAGCGUUCAGCAGGAACUGCUGCUCAACAUCUUCGGCACGCCGAGCUUCAGCCAGAUAGACCCGAGCAUGACGAGUCUGCCAGUGCUGGACAACCCGUUCUCUGAGAGACUCCGAGAGAUCAUCGACUCCUUCAGAGCUCAGCGGUCACGAUACAUGAAGCUGAUGGUGGUGAAACAGGAAGACAGAACAGAGCUGAUAUUCAGGCACUUCCUGGUCGAGGACAAGAGCGCCAGCGGGGGAGCGUCAUACGUGGACUUCUUGUGUCACAUGCACAAGGAGAUCCGCCAGCUUCUCAGCUAGGCCUACAAAUUCCCACCUUCACCUGUAUGACCUGACCCCCACCCGGUUCACCCCACCUUGUGAAAGAAAGCGCUUUAUCUUCCUUUUUUUUUUUUUUAACCUAAUAAACUAAAGCUCUGCUCGCUGUCUGUCAGCUGAGCGUCAGAGACAGCUGGCAGAUCUUGUUGUGUGUAUGUGUGUGUAUGUGUGUGUGUGUGUGUGAGAGAGUGUGUGUGUGUGAGAGUGUGUGUGUGUGAGAGAGAGAGUCUGAUGUUAAUAGAGCUUUACUCUGCCUCAAACCUUCUGCUCCAACACAGCAGGAGCAAAAUAACUGACGAGGGAGGGUAAUGUAUAUACACAAGUGAACAAUUAUGUAUGCAACAGACUGAGUGAGUGUCGGAGACGGCUGAUGUUGACUGUAGUCGGUGAACUGUCUGUAUUAAGAGCACUGAAAGGCUGUUUUGGGUGAAUAAACGACGCUCAGAUAGCAAACACUUUUUAUAUGAUUGAAUCCCAUUAGAGUGAAGGGCAUCUGCAUACCGAGACAUAAAUGAAUUAAAUAAAUGCUGUUCUUUUUCGUC